CAAAAUAUCUCCGCCACAAGAAAACACUACAAAUUCAGCAAACUGGCCAAACGGAUCAUUAGAUUAGAAAGCCAUCAUCGCCAUGGAUGAUCAUCAAGAGGAAGCGCCGGAGAAGGUGAAGCUUUUCGGCAUGUGGGCGAGCCCCUACGUCCUCAAGGUAAAAUGGGCUCUCAGCAUCAAGGGCGUGGAGUACGAGUACGUGGAGGAGGACCUGAGGAACAAGAGCGACGACCUCCUGGAGCACAACCCCGUGCACAAGAAGGUCCCCGUGCUGCUCUACCGCGGCAAACCGGUGGCGGAGUCCGACGUCAUCGUCGAGUUCGUCGACGAGGCGUGGAGCUACCGCGGCGGCCGCAUCCUCCCCGACGACCCCCACGAGCGCGCCAUGGCCCGCUUCUGGAUGAGGUUCGUGCACGACAAGCUCUCGCCGCCGAUCUGGAAGUGGUUCACGGCGGCGCCAGGCGAGGGCCAGAAGGCCGCGCUGGGGGCCGCCGUGGAGCAGCUGCAGGUCCUGGAGGACUUGCUCGCCCUCGGCGGCAAGGAUUUCUUCGCCGGGGAGAGCGUCGGGCUCGUCGACCUGUCGCUCGGCGCGUUGGCGUACGUGAUCCCGAUGUACGAGGAGAUCAUCGGCGUGAGGAUGGUCACCGAGGAGAGGUUCCCGUCUCUGUCGGCGUGGAUGGGGCGGUUCUUGGACUCGCCGCCGGUGAAGGAUCACCCGCCGCCAGUGGAGAGGCUGAAACCCAGGUACCGAGCCAUGCGCGAAGCCUUUCUGAACAUGGGCUAGCUCAAAGGCACUGUCUGCGUCUUCAGUUAUGAUUAAAGUAUAAGAAUGCUUGUACUAGCAUGAUAUAUACAGUCCUAGCCCGCAAAAAAAAAGGAUAUAUAUAUGGUCCAGUGCAUCUUUGUGUUUA